AUGUACAGAUACUAGGAAACAGACAGAUUGUCUCAACUUUCUCAACCUACUAAAAGAUCGAAAAAGUACACUUAAAACCAAUCAUUAAUGGUGAUGUCUAGACUGUAUGACAAUCAUUUUAAUCGUGAUCUCCACGGGAACCCUUGGAUUUCUCUAGGCACGUUCAAAUAUGACCGUACGAUCAAGUAUGAGCAUUCGGAUGCGGGCUUAUCAUACAGUAAUGUGAAGAUAAAGAAGUUACGAACAUUUUAAGAACUGUGGGAGAAAAAUGAGGAAAUUCAUAAUAAAAGUGAGCAGCAUCAAGGAUUUCGAGAAUUCAGAGAAUUCAGGGAUAUUUCUGAAGAGGACGUGAUCGUAACAAUUGAAUAUUGUACAAAUUGUCAUGAACACACAGGAUCUACCAAGCAUGAUGAAACACGCUAUCUGGCAUAUGCACAACAACUGAAAAAUGAAAUAUUGAAGAGAUUUCCAAUUGUCAAGGUCAUCUUGAAGCCUCUUCUCUACGACCAUCUUGAUCAUAGUAUCGACACAAUGUUUCUACAGAGAAGAUUAGGUUGCUUCGAAGUCUAAGUGGUGUCCAAAUAGAAGGGACAGUUGAAGUUUGCUGUAAUAGGAUCGAAAUUGAAUUCAAAAGCUUGGCCCUAAAUACCCAGCAUAAUUAACAAAUUACCAUAAUAUUUUAAGAAGGUUUCAUUCAAUAUAGACUUGAAAUAUGCUGAUUCUGAUCAGAAAAUCAAAAACACCGAUGUCAGAAUCCAACCCUACCGUCCCACACAACAGAGAACUCAAAGCCUGAUGUUCACUUCCAGAACCAACAAAAUCCUCAGACCUCAAAGUAGUCAAAGCAGACCGAAAUCAUCGUAUUCCAAUCUUUCUGGACAAACUCAAAAGACCGUCAAAGAUCAUGAAGAGACAUCAUACAAGAUUGAAAGAACUAACUAGGAUGGCAGAAUCACUUUGACUAAUGUGCCCUUGGAUGUGUAUGAAGUUAUAAUUGAAGAAACUAAUGACUUCUUAAGAAAAACACAUCUCAUUAAUCUAUUUUAAUUAAUUAGUGACGAUCUAACUCUUGAUUAAAUUAUUCCAUUAUGCAAAUAAACACACUCAUGCAUUGUUGUUGCUGUUACUUGUGAGAUGGCUCCAAUAACAGAGUGCAGAGUAGAAAUCAUCCCAUUGAAAGGAGGAAAAGAAGCAGUACUCAAAGAAUCUCCACCUGGAAGUGCCAAGUACGAAAUUGUAGUUGAGCCAAACUAAUUCUACAUUUUCAUCAAGAAAAUAGGAUAUCAAGUUUUUAAAGAGCAAAUACAAACCAGUCCUGGAGUUUGUGAAUACACUUACACUAUAGAAAAAGUCAACCAACCAGAAGAAGGCUAUGAUCCUGUCCAAGAUGCUUUAGACAAAAAGAAUUAAAUCAAGCCUUCAAAUGACUUAAGGAUAAGGAAGCCCAAGUAUUUGCAACCACCUUCUGGAUAACAAAGCGAAAUCAACCUAAUAUAAUUCUCAUUUAUUGAUUUAGUAGAGAAGACACCAGUCCCUAAUGUGUACAUCAAGGUUGUGGAUGAAUUGAAUAAGAAAUUGUACAGUUACAGAUCAAAUGAGCAUGGAAUAUGCAAGGCCUUGAUACAAAAGAAGAUUACUAAAGGUAGAAUCAUAAUUACACAUCCUUACUAUUAUGAUACAAGCAAAGAAAUCAAUGAGACUUAAACCAUAAAUUAAAACCCUAUUACUUAUUAUAUAAUUCAGAAACCACAAUAACACUCAUUGAUUGUCUUAAUUGUAAAUAAACCAAAUGAAGAAUUCUUGAACUUCUAUAUCAUUUAGGAGAAUAAACAAGUGAUUUAAGAAGAUUAGGAGAUCUAAUAGAUAUAAAAUCCAAAAGAUGGGAUCUAAUUGAUCAAAUUCUUGAAUUUGCAAAAUAAGAAAGACAUCUUACAGUUGGUGGCUUGUUUACCUAGAUUAAAAAUGGAUUAGGUCUAAGAGAUGUAUGUUUUAACUCCAGACAGAAUUGAGAAAUACAAUCUACCUACUCUUUCAGAAGAACAAGGGAUGUUAAAUCCUUAUUUUUGGAUCUUAGGAAGUCUAAAAGAGCCAUAUGAAACUUUUGAUGUUGUGAAUUAGAUUGUAUUUACAAAUCAACUAAAAAGCUAUCCAAACUUAACCAAAACUUAAUAGGAUGUCGAAGUCAUAUAAUGUGCAUUUUAGUCACCAAAUUUGAUUGUAGCUGCUAAUUAAAAGAAUGGCAGUGUAAGCAUAUGGAAUUUGGAUAAUUAUCUAAUUGAUAACACAAUAAAUAAUGUGUUGUCUGAUGCUGCUAACUCGAUUAUUAUUUGGGAUGAUGAUAAUGUGAUGUUAAGUGAUAAUAAUGGUUAAAUAGCCUGGCUAAGGAAAAACGAGGAGUCUCAAUUUGCUCUCCUAACAAGUCUCUCCAUUAACAGGAAGAUCAACACCAUGUGUAAGGUAGGUUCUGAAGGUUUAGUUUUAGGGAGUGUAGAUGGCAAGUUGAUCCUAUUGAAGGUUGAUUAGAGAUAGCUCUAAAUAAUGAUAGAUUCUGAGAUAGAGGUGGAAUCAACACCUUAGACUGUGGAACCGAUUAAUAAAAUAGUCUCCAUAACAAAUGAUUAGAUUGCUGCUUUAAGUGAUGGGAACAAAUCAAUCUAUAUUUAUAAGGUUGAAAAAUCACUUGAUAAACCUCUGAGUGCAACUUAACUCAAAUCAGUCUAAAUUAAAGGGUAUCAAAGUUGCGGUAAACCAGUGUUGCAGAUUCUCUCCUUGGAUUAAAAAUACUUAGUAUUCGGAGGUUUGGAUGGGAUACUACAUACUCUAAGUAUAGAUACUCUUGAAAGGGGACCUAAUAUCAGUCUAAAUUCAGAUUUAUAAGUUAGUAGUGUGUUAUCGAAUGAAGAUGGCGUCCUUAUUACUUAAGGCAAUUUUAUAACAUUUAUCCAUUUACCCGAAACCAUUUAAGAUUUAAAAGCAUAAAAUCAUAAGUAUUUUUAAUCUCCUGUGAAAUUGUAUGGUGGAGAUUGUGUGGCUUAUGAGAAAAGAUUGUUGACAUUUACAACUUAAGGGAAGAUGGUAGUUUGGUCACUCUAGGAUAAAUAAUUCCCACAGAUAAGCAAUUUUUUGGUGGAUUCCGAAUUUCCUCACAAUCUAAAACCUGAUCGUUGUUCCUAUUUGUUAGUUGAUGCAGCAAUUCCAAAAGAGAACUUUAGUGUGUAUUUGAUUAAAGAAAACGGAGAAACCAUGAAGGAGUCGAAUUAAAUAAUAAAAUUUGAAAGAAAGGAGAAAUACUUUUAUAUAGAGAUUGACUAAUCACAAUAGUAAGGUUUAUGGAGAUUGGGAGCAUAACUAUAGAAUACCGAGUUGAUUAGAUAGAGACAACCUAAGAUCUAUUUUAUUUAACCUCAUGGAUUCCAAGUUCUAAAUUUUCCACAAUAAAUACCAAGCAGUCGUAAGUAAAUUUAUCAUUGGUUUAUUGGAACUUUAAUUCCUAAUAUCGAAAUGCUCAAAACUUGUGCUUUGUACACAGAUACAUAGAUAGUAGGAAGGUUUCCGUCUUUAGAAUUGAUAAAACAUGAAGGGAAAAUAAAUUAAAUGAUGUUUAUAAAUAAGGAUGAAUUUAUUACAGCAGGUGAGGACAAACAAAUAAUAGUUUGGAAUGCUUAAAAGUUCAGUAUCAAUAAGGUUCUACAGCAUGAGGCAGAAAUAUUGAGUGUGCAUAUCCAUAAUGGGAUGGUAUUGGCAGGAAAUAAGGAGGGCACUGUGAUUGGAUGGAAAUAACAUGAUAACAUAUGGUAAAUGGAUAUAAAAUUCAAAUUUCAUGAGAAGGGCGUGUAUUCCAUCAUUUAUUUGGAUGGAAGUAUCGUGACAUCUUCUGAGGAUAGGAAAAUACAAUUAAUUAAUUACACGACUGGUGCUUUGGAACAUGCUGAACCUGUAGACAGAACCUUUGUGAUCUCAAUGGUGGCCUACAAUAAAGAUUCAUUUGCAGCUGGAUUCCCUGAUGGGAGAGUGAAGACCUACAAAAGAGAAAAGACUGGUCCAAAGAUAAUCCUUAAGACAUUACGCACAGUUGUCACUACUAAGGUGUAGCAUUUGUACCUGAUAAAUAACACUCAAGUAUUGGUUGGAGGAAUGGAUAAACUGGGGGAGAUCUUGAAUGUCGAGCAAGGAACCAAAUUAAAAACAUUAAAAGAUGGACACACCGGAUAAAUAUUAUGCAGUCUCAUCUACAGUAAACACCUCAUUACAGGUGGUUCAGAUGGGAGAUUAAGCAUUUGGAAUCCGGAUAAAGGAAUGCUGAUUAAAACCUAUGAAUUGACUAAGGAAGAGAUUAGAGCGUUGUUGAUUGUGGGACGAUUGCUGAUAACUGCAAGUAUGGGAACACUUCAUUAUUAGGCUCUAAUGGAACAAUCCGUAUAUGGCAAGAAAUUUGUCCAUUUAUUGAAUAGAUCCCUCCAGAAGAAGAACCAGAACAGUAAUAGUGAUUUAUAUAAUUCAAUAAAAUAAUUAAUGAGACCCUACACAAGUACUCCUCAAAUUUAGCACAGGGAACCAGCACAUUCUGCUAUUGAGUUUCGGCAUAAUGUUCAACAUUAUAAACCCAAAUUCUAUGUAACCAAGGCGCAUCAGGAUUCAAAUGAAUAAUUCCUUGCAAGCAAAACAAGAGAUCCACCCAAUUCCAGAGUAUUCAAGAAGACUAUUCCCAAUACCAUGGUUUAAGACAAGGAAAGAUUAUAUGAGGAACUUAAUAAGACUAAACAAUUGUGUAACAGUCUAAAAUUGGAUAAUCACUAGCUUAAGGCUUAAUUAAAAAGUUAGGAAACUGCCAUGCUCAAAUGUAGUGAUGUACAUCGUAAUUUUAUCUAGCCCCUGAUUGAAGAGUACCAAUCUUCUCUUACUAAUGCUAUGGCUUAGCAGUAUAGGAAACAACCAAAUGAAGUCCCACAAUCUACUAUUAUUUUAUAAUUGAAGAAACAGAAUAAGGAGUUAAGAGAGGAGCUGGAGGAUUUUAAGGAGGAAAUGAUAAGAGUGAAGAGGAGUGCCAAAUUGACCAAAAUCUAAGAAUUAGAAGCCGAAUUGAAGAAUUACUCAGAUGAAUCUUUACGACUCAAGUAGCUUCUUCAUCAAUAAAUACUGAAUACUAUGAAUCCUAAUCAAACAGAAUAAAGUCUUGAAGAUCAAAUUCUUACUUUGUAAGAAGAGUUGCAGAAAUACUAAUCUCAACAAGAACAUCAAAAUUAAGCGCUUAAGAAAGCUCAAGGAGAAAUUAAACAUCUGAAUGCUGUGAAUUAGGAGCUGGAGUAGAAUUAUUAGAAAAGCAUUAAAGAAAAGACUUAAGUUAAGAAACAAUUAUCUUCAUUAGAAGAAUAAUUUAAUAAGGCUUAAUUGAAUGAUCCCUUGUUUAAGAGAGGGUAGGAUGUUACCUAGAUGAAGUUGGAAUUAGAAAAAAAGGUUGUCGAAAAUAAUCAGUUAAAAAAUGAUAAUAUGAUUAAAGAUCGAAGGGUUCAUGAAUUAGAAAAAUCACUCAAAGAUGUCACCAGUACCUUCUAGGAUAAAUUAAAUACAGUCACAAAGGAAAAAGAAAGCUUUAAAGAGAAAUACGAAAAGUAAAAGCAGGAGCUCAUUGAGUUGCAGGAUAAAUAUUAACAAUUGUUUUUCAACAGUAACAGAAAUCUACAAUCAUCACAAGUAUACAGUGGUAAGAGAGACCCAGUCUUUACAGUGCAAUCUUAAGAGGACAUCCAGAAUCAGAGGAGAAAAUCACAGGAACUUACACCUGAAGUGUAAAAGCAGAAUGACACAGUAUAAUAGAAUUCGCAAUCUACUUUGUAGGAGAAACAAAGUUAUAGAAGAAAAGUGCAAAGAAAGUUGAGUUCAAUUCGGUAGGAUGAUAUUGAGGAGUUGCUCACUUAAUUAAGAUAUAAACUAAGGGCACAGAACAUCAGAAAUGCUGAAUUAGAAUUGUAUCUGUUUCGUUCGAAAGACACAAAUGAGACAUCCCUAGGAGAAAUGAUAUAGAUUCUACAAAACAAACCUUUUAAUUUAAAUCAAAAUGAAAGCGUUUUGAUAUCACGCUAUUUGAUUGAACCUUAUGGUGAGAAGGAAAUCACUUAUAACAUCAAUUUAACCAAAGAAAAUGAAAGCAUUAUGCAGACUCUCAUCAGAGCAAUUGGCAAAUACAAUAUAUUGGUUGGAGAGGAUAAAAUUCAAAUGCAUGAACAAAUAAGACAAAAACUCAAUGAAAAAAAGGAUGAUUUGAUGGCAUAUUUGAAACCAAAGAAAUAACAAGGAAGUUCACAAUAAUCAAUAGCUGCUCAAUUGCCUGGCAGUUUAGUGAAUAGACAACAAUUCAAAACAGCACUGUUGUAGACUUCCUUGGAUGAGGAAUAGACAGAUGUCCUGUUAUAAACAAUAUAUGAAUAGACCUAGGAUUUCAAUUUCAUUGAUUUAGAUAUGGUGUUCUCGACUUGGCCAAGUUCAGGACCUAUUAAAAUAACCAGAGCUUAAGUAGAAUAAUCGAAUGAGGAUGGCGAAUUACCUGAUAUUGUACGUGAAUGCAUCGACAGUUUGUUGGAGUAUGCCAAUAAAAAUGGCUUAUCAAUCUUAGACUUAAGAAAGCAGAUUGAUGAAGAUAAUAGUGGUAAUGUGGAGAGAACUGAAAUGAAGUAGUUUUUGCUCAAAUGUGAAAUUCAAUUAAACAAUGAACAGUAUGAUUUAAUUUUAGAUCAUUUUGAUUUGGAAGGGGAUGGUCGAAUAUCAACCAAUGAUAUUGGGAUUGUAUUGAAUAAAGCAUAUAAUCAGAAGAUGUAGGCCAUGAAGGAGCAGAGAAGUGCAAAGAAAACUUCGAAAUAAAUCUUAAAUAUGGUGGCUACUCACUUUUUGUAAUUCAUGUAAGCCAACAAGUUAGAUCUCUUCGAGGUAUUUAAGACUAUCGAUCAGGACUACUCUGGAUCUGUGAGUAAGGAUGAGUUUAAAUAAAUGUUGAGGACUAGAAUUGUAAUUCCUUUGGAUUAGGAAGAGUAUGCUGAUUUUUUCAAACUGAUUGAUAAUUCGAAUGAUGGAUAAAUACACUUCAAUGAGUUUCAAUAGCACAUGAUACCUGAGAUUGAGAAGAUUAUUUAGAGACCCUAUCAUGAAUUGUUAAAAUGA